AGUGUAUAACAAGUGUUGACCACCCUUUUUUUAUCCCCCGUUUCUUUUUUUCAGAGCUGGAACCCAUCUCAGAGCAGAUAAUUCCUGUUAAAAAAUAUAUAUCCUGAAAUGUCUGCACCGUCCGCGAUGCAGGGCAAGCGGUUCGCGUGGGUGCCGGGCAAGCACCCGAACCGGUUUACGCUGGCGGAGGUGCUGGACAUUACAGAGACCAACAAGGGCAAGAUCAUCUACACGGUGAGCAUGGGCGGGGAGCACAUUCACUCCGACGCGGCCAUUCGGGAGAACCGGAACCAGGGUAAGACCGGAGAAAAGGACCUGCAAAUCCGGAAAUUUUUCGCCGAAGAGGUGUCCGAGUAUAACCAGCAGGAGGAGCAGCUGGCGGUAACCAACCCGGCUUUUGACGUGCUCAUCCAGUCCAACGCGUUGACGCAGCACUACCUGAAGAAGCGGCUGGAGGCGGGGCUGUGCUACACCAACUGCGGCAAGAACACUUUAGUGUUUCUCAACCCGUUCACGGACCCGGUGAUCGUUCCAGACCGGAUCCUGAACGCCUUUUUGAUGAAGGCGGUGGGCACGGUGCGGCCCGGCAGUUCUUCCCCGCUCGCCGGCAGCUCUGGUGCAGCGAUGAACGCCAGCUAUUCCGCGCUGCUGUUCCAGGGUACUAGUGGCAGCGGAAAGUCCUGCCAGUUGAAUCUCUGUCUGCAAGAACUCGCGAAGCUGCACAAAAACGGUCCCCGGGGGACGUUUCUGAUGCGAAACACGGGCCGCGUGCUGGGCUUCUUCGGAAACACGAGCACGGUGCGCAAUAAGGACGGAAACAGGUACGAAAAGAAUCGCUCUAGCGUAGUUCAUGACAGAUAUUUUUUCACCCCGAGAGGCAACGCAGGGGCAACCGACGCCGAGUAGAAAUAUCAAAUGAAAUAUUUUUCUUUGCCGCCUAUAUUGAGACGCCGCUCCUUCAGUAGAGGUAGACCUAGAAAGAAACAAGGUCCAACAGCACGAAACUAACAUAAAACCAAAGCUCUGUCCUCCACGUCCACCGAAAGAUAAAUUGAAAACAACAGGUUCAGCCGCGUCCUGGAGUCUACAGUUGCUUAUCCGAAGCAGAAGGCGAAGCGGGCGGCGUCUCCGGGUGGAGCAGCGGCAGCUUCCGCGAAAAACCUCCGCUCGUUCUUCAUUCCGGGCACUCGGGCGAAGGACCGGGGCGUAGCAGGAGACGAGGACUUCUACAGUACUGGCAACAGCAAUGUGCAAAAUGCGAUGCUGAGCGAGGAGAAGAAGCAAGUGCUGGCCCGGUACCCGUUUCUGGUGACGCAGACGGUGAACAAGACUUACGCCUUUGAGGCCAACAAGGUCGCGAAGCAGAACCCGGGGGAGUCAAACUUCCACCUGCUCACCUGCUUCUUCGCGUACCUGAAGUGCAUCCAAAAGUUUUCCGAGCUCAAGGCCUUUGACAACGACAAGUUUCCGCUGGACCCGGAUUCCGCGAUCGUGAUCGACGACACACUGGAGCAGCGCAUCGUGGAGGAGAACUCCGGAAAAAUCCACCCGGCGCAAUUGCGCAACUGCAUGCUGAAAUGCGACCAGGACUUGGGGGUCUUGUCAGUGGUCGAAGAGCUGCGCGUGCACGCGGAAAACCAGUACCGCUACAUGAACACGGACCUGCAGCAGCAGGACGCCAAUGACGGCGACGAGCGGAGUCUGAUGCUCCUCCCCGACGAGGACGCGACCAUGCUGAAGCUGACGAACGCUGACCUGCUCAAUUGCGCCCGGUUUCUGGACAUGCGGCGCUUGUUGGAGCAGUACAACGUGAGCAACACCGAGUUGGGCGGGAUUUUGAAAUUGCUCAACGUCAUCCUCAAGAUCGGUAACAUCGACGUCGUUGCUGGUGCAGCUGGUGGCAGCAGCGGUACUAGUAGCGCAGCCCCCUCCAACACGGAUGGCAACAAGGACGACAAGAUGAAUACGACAGAAGGUGGACAAGGAGCAGUGAGCUUAACGGCCCGGGGGCUCGCGGCGCUUGAGGACUUGACGGCCUUGCUCGGGCUGAAAGAUGUGGAUGUCCUGAAGGACCUGUUCCUGGUAGAGAAAAGCAAGAAGUCAGGCACGGCUGAACCGAUUCGCAGACCAAGGGGAAUACAGUAAUGCUUAAAGUUUGAUAUUUACGGACGUGCUAGUGCUUUUCGUUUUGGUUUUGGUUUUCCACUGUGAUCAUCAUCACAUCAGCGGUAGGUACUGUAGAUUUAGUACGUGUGACGAGCAGGACCAGGAGCUUAAUAUCCGAGCGCCGCAGCGCCAGCGCCACCUAUCAAGAUGUCCUAUCGGUUUAUGUACAGGUCGUUCUUCUUCAAGUGAAGAAGUGAACGCCAAAAACCAGAUUGAUAAAUGUAAAACGAAGAGGACCGACCAGCAUGAAAUUCCAUUAUGUACACAUUAAUAUGCACAAAAAUGAAAAAACGUCAAAAAAUCCUCUCAGUUCCGUUCUCCGGAUCCGUGAUGGGAUUGCCGCUAACCUGUACGAGUCGAUCUUUACCUUCGUGAAGACCAAGAUGAACACGGAACUGCUUUUAAUGUCAGAGCUGCCCGAGAGCAUGAAGGUGGAAACGGAGCAAUACGACCUGCAGCACGUGAAAAAGUUGCUUCUCGUGGACGCCUUCGGGUUCGAGUCGGUCCAGGAAAACACCCUGGACCAGUUUCUGAAGAACUACGCGGCGGAGACGCUCCGCCGCUUUUUCGAGGUGAACGAGGUAGAGAAGUCACUUCAACUGCUCAAACGGGAGUUCGAACGCAGCCACGAAACCGGGUUGGAAAAACUUGAGCUCUCUACUCAGUCAUCCCGGUCCUUUUACGACAGCAACGAAAAUUUUCUGAACUUCCUGGAAAACGACUUCAUCCCUCUGCUAGACGAGGUUACUUUACAGAACAUGGUCCGUCUCUCCGACAACCUCCCCGGGGACUGCGAUCAUGCCGACAAGCAGAUCAGCACCAAAACCGCGCGCAGAUCCAUGUCGAACGCAACGACCAGCUCCGAUUUUGCCCUGCUGAAGAAGCUGGAGGAGAAACUAAGCGCAAAUAAUAGUACAACUAUGUCCCCAUUGAAGCCAGAACAGCCGUCAAAAAAGUUGACCAAGUGGCAAGAAUUCUGUGCGACCUACCACUACAAGUCGCAGAUGCUGUCCGCUGGCGGCGGUGACGAGAAGAACAGCAGUGAGGAGGACGACAACGCGGCGGAAGGCAGGCAGCAGCUAAUCGAAAAGAAGUUUUCCACCUUCCUCAUCGCGCACUACGCGGGCUACUACGCGCCGCAGUCUUUUAAUUCCACGACAGACAAAAACUCUAGUGCAUCAACUUCAUCGAAGCAGGUGAUCGCUUACAGUACGAAGAACUUCAUCGCGAAUAACUGCCGCGUCCCGUCUUCGGUCCUGUCAGAGAUGAAGGCCUGCCUCGCCAAUUUCAACGCGGACCUGGAAAAGGACGUCCCGCCGAGCGAAAAAGGCCAGGUGUCGUUGCUGGACGCCUUUCUGCACGAGGCCCCCCUGGACUUUCACAAGUACGAGCAGAAGCUGCCGAAAAUCGGUCUCGGCGUGAUCCACGACAGCGACCCGGAGUUGGUGAAGAAGUCAGAGCCGAAGACCAUGAUCUUCGCGCAGGAACUGCGACAGCUGCUGAAACUGAUGCAGAACGCGGCGAAGGCGGACCAACUGUUUUUCUGCAUGUGCGUGAAGCCGAAUCCGGCCAAGGCCGCUUUGAAUUUCGACACGGACAUGGUAACGAAGCAGCUGGCCGGCCUCGGCAUUUUAGAGUUGCAGAAGGUGUGCCAGAGCAGCUUCGACUUGCAUUUAACGACGAAAGAUUUCCUGAAAAAAUACCGCAGCCUGGUCGCCUUCCCGGACGCGUUGUUGGAAAAGACCGAAGCGCUAUCAAAUGCAAAAAUGUCUGGGGCUGGAAGAGCCAAACUUGUAAUGCUGCAUUUGGAUGCUAAAAAAAUCUGUACUGCAUGAACAGCAAGAGGAGUCAAAAUUUGGCUACGCGGAGAUGGCAUUUGUCAUGCAGGAUGCGCAUUGCUCAGCGCUCAAAAAAUCUGUGAUGCUAUGGCAUACAUCACAGACAUCAUGGAUCAUGGAAAAUGUGCAUGGCAAACUUGUCCUCUUCCAGACCCAGACAUAUUUGCAAUGCAUAGGCGCCGGUAACGAACAAAAACUCCGGUAGGCGGAAGUCACGGAAAGCGUCGAAAUAUGAACUGCAAAAGUAUCUGUAUCGUACUCGUAGUCAUUGCAGUCAUGCAUUACAAAUCUCAUUCCCAAGGCAAAUCAGCAUGACAAAUUGCAGCUGUCUUCAUGCUGAGGAAAUUUGUCAUGCAAUGUAUACUAGUACGACUACGAUACUUUUGCAGUUCAUACGAAAACACUCUCCGCCUCCAUCUCGCGCAUCCAGCGUCUCACGGACGCGGACGCGGCGAAUUUGUGCAAGGACGUGCUGGAACAGCACUACUUUCCCACGCGGAAGGAGGACGACUUUCUGGUCGGCAAGACCCACGUGUUUCUCCGCGUGCAGAGGUCCCGCGGGUACGAAAACUUGCAGACGGCAAAGCGCUACGUGGCCGCGACCGAGCGGAUCCAGGCGCUGGUGCGCGGCAUGCUAGUGCGAAAACUGAAAGUAGAGACCUCCGCAGGUGGAAGUACUUUAUCCACGGCAAACAACAAUAGAUUCGGGUUCGCAGACCGGAAGGAAUGUCUGGAAAGGUAUCAGCAGAAGAGACAGGAAGUAGUAAAGAAGUACGUUGCGGAUUCGAAAUCGUCCUUCACCCUGCUGCUAGGCGUGUUGCAGGAAGCCGCGGCCACCGAGGCGGCCCAGCGUGUCGCGAUAUUGUCAACAGCUGGAGAUCAAGCCGAAGAAGUGGAUGCCUCGAGAAUAGGAGCUGCUGGACAGUUCUUCUACGGUUCCACCACUACCUGGCAGCACUGCUGUUUGUACUGCCUGAACCUGUUCGAGCAGAGGUACCCCAUCAAGAAGCGCGACUUUUUCAGCUACGCCCACUGCGAAGAGACGUUGGAAGAGAUGGAGCAGUUGGCCAUCCGGUUGCGCAACGCGGCGUUCGACACCCAUGUGCGGCACGCGGCAUAUGGGAUUCUCAAUUGUUACAUUUUCAACUGUUACAUGAAUUUGUGAUGCAAGAAUGGCCACAGGGAAAGCAAAGGCCGGAUCUUGCAACUCUUGCAUUACAAAUUCGGCACAGAUCAUUCCCAUGCCGUUUAGCCCUUCCAAAAUUUGUCAUACGAAGUAGCUUCACCGUGUGAACAUUGGUGCUCUUUUUGCAUGACAAAUCGUGUAACAGAUGAGAAUGUAACAUUUGAGAACGCCAUACGGCAACUUCCACGAAGAACCUGGACGCCAUGAGUUUCGACGGGAUUGUCGCGGUGCUGGCCGAGUUUGUGGCGGAUAACCGCGAACUACAGGAAAACCUGGUGACAAAGGAUCUGAAGCCGCUGCUGAAAUUGAUCUACGAGUCGCAGUUGUCGCAGAUGAAAGUGAACAGCAACAGUGCCGAGGACACGAGCGACUACGAGCAGCUGCUCGACUGCUACGCGGAGACGCAGCGGACCGUGGCGCAUCUACUAGAUGCCGAAUUGUCGAGUUUGGAAAGGCAGUUCAUGAUUUUGAAAGCCCAGCUGAUGUGCAACUUCCUCUACUUCACGUUGUUGCCGAUCACGAAAGUGGGGAAUAAUAGUACGAAAACUUUGAACCAGGCCACGCGGCAGAUUUUUGAAGAUUUUCUGAAGUGGAAAAGCACGACGAACUCGGUGCGGUUGUCUUUGAUCGAGAAACAGAAGGAAGAGAACGCGACGCAUUUGAAACAGUACACGCAGCACGUGAUCGAAGACAUCCACCGGCUGAAGGCGGUAAACACGACGGCGCCCAUGGAGGUAAAAACCAUCCUGGUGAACGAGGCGGAGCAGUAUCUGAAGCGGGCGAAGCGCGCGGUGCUCGAGAAGCAGUUUGCGUAUCAAAACGAAAAUUGCCCCCACCGCCCCACAUCGAAAACGAAACUUGUGAUGCUGUAUUUGAGUACACAAGUCGACUUGUAAUGCUAGAAGGCCAAGAGCCGCAAUUGUGGCCUCGUUUGCAGGCAAUUUGUCAUGCUGGUUCCCACUUCCAGCUGCUUCCUGUCAUGCUGAAGAUGCAAGGCUUCCCCACGCCACCCAGUACUACAGUCCGCAUCUUUUCCCUUCUAGCAUGACAAAACCGAUUUGUGACCACAAAUCUGCAUCACAGAUUUCCGCUUUGAUAUGGGGAGGGGGGAUUUUUCUUCUUGAUAUUGCGCCGGUUUUGUACUCUCUGUACCACCUCCUGGACGGGUAUUCAAGAAAAAAACACCAUCACAAUCACUAUUGCACAUUUUUGCAAUACAAAAAUUUUUGACAUGCGCAAAAAUGCAUCACAGUCAAGAGUUAUUGGCGAUUUCCCUUUGUGUUUUUGCAAUACAAGAAAAAUUUGGCAUGCGAGAGAAAUUUCUGAUGCAAAACCUCCUACAUGUGAUUGUGAUGGUGUUUUUUUCUUGGAUAACGGGGGGCACGACACCGCGUUCGAGCAGACGCUGCUUCUAUCCGACAAAAUCGCUUUGGAGAAUUUCAAGCGCCUCCGCCUGUGGCAGGGCCGGACGGACCUCGUGUGCCAAUGGGUGAAAAACAAACAGAACCGCCUGCGGGUGGGGAAGGAGAAGUUACUGCUGCAGCAGAAAGCCGAAGAGCUCGCGUUUCAGCAGUACGGAAACGCAAAAAUCUAUCAAAAGGAAAAAUCCCCCCUCCCCAUAUCGAAAGCGAAAUGUGUGUUGCUGUAUUUGAGUACACAAAAACAAAUCAUAUCUGUCUUGCUGGAGAGGACUGCAGACCCAUAUCAAGCCUGAGCAGAGAGGCUUUGAAUUAGGCGCUUAGCAUGAAAAGCGUCCGUGAUGUUGGCUCAACAGCAUGACAAACCGCCUCCAUAAUGGGACGGAAGCUGCUGCCCUUGUCUUCUUGCAGCACAAACGUGAUUUGUGACCUCAAAUCAGCAACACCGACGGCUGGCCUACGGAUAUCAGGUGGAUCACAGGCUCAAAUCAGCAACACAAAUUUUCGAAAACCUACCUCGUCAAUAUGGGGCGGGGGAAUUUUUCCUUGCGAUAAAAUUUCCAUGCAGCAAUUCGGCAAGGGUAAGGGAAAGGGAUUCAAAGGCGCGAAGGGAGUGACAAUGAUGUCCACGCGAAUGUAGGCGGUCCGAUAUUGUCGGGCUCAGAGCGAUAAUAUGACGGUCGUUUAUGAUUUCUACGUAGGAUUUUUUUCAAAUUCUGAAUCUGACUGCACAAACCCGCCGCGGCUAGUAAAACCUCCACGCUGCGUUAUUGUUAUGUUCUAUUCAUUCUCGUUUUUAAGAUUAACACAUCAAAAUUCACUGCAACACGUCUAGUAUUCACGGUAAAGUAUGAGAAUUCUGCUUUUAUUGAGUUUAGUAUUCAUACGUCGUUCGAGUCUAGUAAAAACGUCAGUUAGAUAGAAGUUCAGUUCGGUAUUACUUAAGAAUCAGUACUUGUAGUCGUAGAAACAAAUAGCAUACAAAGCAUGCAGGUGCACACUUCCAUACACGCAAACUUUUACUUAAUCAUACACAAUCACAAUGUCCAUGUCGCUAACUCGCGAAGUUAGUUUCUCUCUCGUUUUUAGGAUUAACAUCAACAUCAUUUUUGAGUGAUUUAUUUACCGUUAGUAAGCAUAAGUGCACGUAAAGUAAAACCCAAGAGGACGAACCCCCCACAGAACAAGUGCCCCAAAAUCGUACCUUCGUUCAUGCAUAAUUCCCUCGGUCCCGCAGCCACGCAAAAUGAAACUCUUAUGCCAGAAAAUGUAGCAGCAUUUUCAGUAUUACGGAGUUGAUAUGCGUAGCAGUAGAGCCGACUCGUAGUGCCUCACCUCCACCCAGACCCGCCAUACCACCUUUUUUUUUACAAAAGCAAGAGUGCAAGAUCAAGAAAGGCAUGGCCUGCCUUCGAACCUGCACGCGCCGACGCUGUACUUGUUUUUGCGUCAGCUUUUGGUAGACGCUUCGCUGGUCGCGCUCGCGCAUCAUAUUACCUAUCCGGUAGUUUCUUGCUAGUGAUUAUAUUCGCGACGACAACGACAACGCAUACGCACUCAACGACAAUACUGCUGCUGCUCCCACUUGAGAAGUGCAUGUUGAGUUAACGGAAACGGAUAUAGGCCACUUUACGUAUUUGAUUCUCCCCUCCCGUAA